AUGUCAACACUGGAGGACCUCGAGGAUAUCGAGCGCGAGCAACAGGAGGACAAGAAGGAUGACAAGAAAAAAGAUGGCGAGGAUGCUGACAUGAAAGAUGCGGGUCCCGAGGAGGAGGCGCUCGAUGACGAGAUUCUGAACCUGGGCACACGAGACAUCGUCGCACGGAAGCGAUUGAUGGAGAACGACAUGCGGAUCAUGAAGAGCGAGUUCCAGCGUCUCACACAUGAGAAGGCUGCAAUGAACGAGAAGAUUCGGGAUAACUUGGAUAAGAUUGAAAACAAUAGGCAACUGCCAUAUCUCGUCGGGAAUGUGGUGGAAAUAUUGGAUCUCGACGUCACAGCAGAGGCUGCGGAGGAGGGUGCCAAUAUUGACUUGGAUGCUACCCGAGUAGGCAAAUCGGCGGUCAUCAAGACCUCGACGCGGCAAACCAUCUUCCUCCCGCUCAUCGGCCUCGUGGACCACGAGAAGCUGAAGCCUGGCGAUCUCAUUGGUGUGAACAAAGAUUCAUAUCUCGUCCUGGACACAUUACCUGCUGAGUACGAUAGCAGAGUCAAGGCGAUGGAGGUGGACGAGAAGCCAACGGAGCAAUACACGGAUGUCGGUGGUCUAGACAAGCAGAUUGAGGAGCUGGUCGAGGCCGUUGUGUGGCCGAUGAAGGAAGCCGAGCGGUUCAAGAAGAUUGGCAUAAAAGCUCCGAAAGGUGCCCUCAUGUACGGUCCUCCAGGAACCGGUAAAACGUUGCUAGCUCGAGCAUGCGCUGCCCAAACAGACGCCACGUUCCUCAAAUUGGCUGGCCCGCAAUUGGUGCAAAUGUUCAUAGGAGACGGAGCGAAGCUUGUGCGGGACUGUUUUGCUCUGGCAAAAGAGAAGGCGCCUUCAAUCAUCUUCAUCGACGAACUGGAUGCUGUAGGAACCAAGCGUUUCGAUUCGGAAAAGUCUGGUGACCGUGAAGUGCAGCGGACCAUGUUGGAGCUUCUCAAUCAACUGGAUGGGUUCGCAUCCGACGAUCGGGUCAAGGUGCUUGCGGCAACGAACCGUGUGGAUGUCUUGGACCCUGCGUUGCUCCGAUCCGGGCGUCUGGACAGGAAGAUCGAGUUCCCCCUGCCGAACGAGGAGGCACGAGCCCAGAUUCUCCGCAUCCACUCUCGGAAGAUGACGGUGGAUGAUGGCGUCAACUGGCCCGAGCUGGCACGCAGCACCGACGAGUUUGGUGGCGCGCAGCUCAAGGCGGUAUGCGUGGAAGCAGGCAUGAUUGCCCUGCGGUCGGGACAGCAAAAGAUCAGUCACGAGCACUACGUCGACGCCAUCGCCGAAGUCCAGGCCAAAAAGAAGGACACGGUCAAUUUCUACGCGUAG